AUGCCUGAUAUUGGGUCUGCUGAGAUACAUCAGCAAAUCAGCAGCCAUCAGUUCCCAUCGGCAUUGUUGUUAACCUUUUACCUACGUCGACCGACUAUGGAAUGCCAUUAUUGCCAGACCAUCCAACGCAAACUUUACUGUCAAAACUGCUUGCAAGAAAAGCUUCAUAAUCAUGUCGUUGAACUGACACCAUUGACUACCGAUCGAGCCAACCUCGUUUCCCAAGCCAACGACUAUGUAUCAACAACAUCCCAUAUACGUGGCUUGCUUCAGGAAAAAAACAAAAGGAUCACAAUUAUCAAAGAAGCUACCAGUGAAUGUAGACGUAUCAAUGAAGAAUGCAGUCAAGCACGACUACGUAUUCAACAAUUACGUGCAGAGAUUCAGCAGCGGCGCAACAAGAUGGCAAUGAUUGAAAAGAGCCACUCGGAAACAGAAAUGACUGAUUAUGCCAAGGAUAUCCAGCAAACCAAGAGAAAGUGGUACCGUGUGCACAAGAUGACUGUAUCCGCACGACGAGUAUUGGUGCAUGAGAUUGUUUCACUUUUUGAGUUCAAGCCUGGUGUCGUUGAGGAUCGUUCAGUCGAAGCAGAACGCGGUCAACACAAUGCUCCAUCUAUAUCUCCAACAGCGAUGGCAACCUCUCUACCAUUUGCCCCUAUCAAAGACAAAAGCCAACACUCCGAAGACUUGUACAUUUGUGGAGUCACUUUACCAGCAAGAACGAUUGAUGUAUCAAAAUAUUCAAAGGAAGAGUUGAAUGCAUCUAUCGGACUCUUGAUUCAUAUACUCGGUUUAAUAGUGCGAUAUUUGGGCAUCAAACUCCCCAAUCCCAUAUUCUAUAAAUCAGUGCAUCCAUACGUAAGAUACAACUCUGAGAAGCAGCGACAUUCCACCAAGAUACCAUUGUUCUUAGAUGAUAAGAACUUUCGCCGAUUCACUAUUGGCAUGGCCAUGCUCAAUUACAACAUUGCUUAUCUUUGCUAUACCCAAGGCGUGGAGAUCCCAUUAUCACAAGUCACCAAUGCAUUACAAGCGCUUAUGGAGUGUUGUCGCUCACCUCGCAUUGGGAUACGAUCACAUGUUACGAUCUACCAAGGCAUACCCAGUAUCAACGACUUCCCACUUGAAUUCCAUCAGGUACUUCGGAUGACAGCACUUCGGUAUCGCAGUGGAUUAUCAAGUGAAUUAAGCAAGGAGCUCGUGUUUUAUGAUCUUUUGAACAAUGGAGGUUUCGAUUCAACAGGCAAAAUGGGAUUGGCUGAUGAUUGGUACUUUUAUGACGGUCUUUUGGAUAACGAUGAAGAGGAUGACAUUCAAGAUGAUGAAGUGGUCGAAGAUCAGGUCGAUGAAUCUACAAGUGAGCGUUGGAAUCUGGUGGAUGUGAUGCCAUCGUUUGGACGACCCAAUGGUGAAAGCGAAAGUAUCUUCCAGUUUGGCGCCACAAUGAUUGGUAUGAUGGAAUCGCUAGGGGGACGUACAGUCAUGGGCAGUAUCGCUGGAACAACUUCUGAACCCAAUGCAUCGGCUUCUCCUUCCUCUUCACAAUACCCAUCACCACAACGAAGUCAAGAUUAUCAUCCAAAACAUGGUGUAAAAAGAUAUAUGUAA